UUUUGUUGUAUCUCGGCGACAGAUAAAUUUAAAACCUUUUUCAUGUGUUUUGAUGCAAAAUGAAUACGUAGACAUCACAUAUGAAUACUAAAACUAUGCGGUUACCAUUAAUGACGCUGCCAUUCACCCAAUUACAUGUACAUUGUUGCAUUUGCGAAUUGAGAAAGUAAAAUUUAGACGUGUUCCAGAUGAUUGUGACACUCUUGAAUUUGGUUGUAACGAUGACAAUAUGAAGCCUGAGGACACAUUUUUUGAUGAUGUGAUUGGGCAUAUUGAAGAUGUGUUAGUGGACCAAGAAUUUCAAGACAUGCAGAAAUCAUUCAUGGAGAAAUAUUGGCAGGAAUUUCAUGAGGGAGAGGAAAACAAGCUAUGUUACAUGGAUAUUUUUAAAGAAUAUGGAGACUUGAUUGAAAAUCAUAUCGAGAACUAUUUGGCCAACAGGAUACCACAUUUUUCCAUGCAAAAUUUUAUUGAAGAGUUGCAGAGACGAAAGUGCAACCUGGAUGGGGAAGUGUUUGAAGUAUUGUAUACCUUUACAGAUUUCAGUGCAUUUAAGGAAAUGUUCUUAGAUUAUAAGGCAGUUAAAGAAGGAACUGUGGAAAAUUUGUUAGUGACUGCAUAUGACUUGCCUUCUGCAUGAGACUGAAUUUAUUCGCACUACGUAAAUUUUUCUUUCGAAUCAUGAAUUUUGUUCCAAACAUAAUACUUUUUGAGAAAUAUUUUGUCAGGUAGUAUGUACCAGUGCACUAUAGACAAAUAAAAUUCUUAUUGAAACCUGUGUAAAAUA